AUGGGCGCCGGGCUGCCGCGCGCGCUCUGCGCGCAGGGGCUGCGGGAGGCGGAGGCCGCGGGCCUCCUGGGCCCGCCGCCGCAGGCUGCGGGCGCCGAGCCCCUGGCCGAGGGGCAGCUCUCGGCGCAGGCGCGCAGGUGCGAGGCGCUGGGGCGGCUGCCGAGGCGCCCGGGCGGGUGGCCGGAGGAGGCCAGAGGCCCCGUCUGCCGGGUGGGCGACCGCGUGGCGGUCACGGUGCCAUACCUGGAGUCGAGGAGCACGUGGAGCCCGGCUUCAUCGCAGACGUCCGGGCCGAGAAACAGCAGGUGUGGGUGGACUGGGACGACCUCGGCGUGCGAGGCCGCGAGGUGGCGCUGGUCGAUGUGCGCCCUCUCGGCAGCGACGGUGACGUUGCCGAGGCCGCGCGAGGCGCCCCGUGCAGCGCCGUGCUCCGGCACGAGCUGCUGCUGGCCAGCGCCGCAGCGCAGACAGACGGGAGAGUCGCCCUGUGCGUCCCGUCGCAGUCGUUGGCCCCGCGCCGGGGAGCGAGGCCGAGCGCUUGCUCCAGAGGCGCCACGGCGGCUCUGGCGCCGGGCUGCUGCGGCGCUUCGCGUGGGGCCGCCUGCUGCACGGGCGGCUGCCGCCGGGGGGCCCCCUGCCGGAGGCAGCGCCGGCCUCGCUGGAGCUGUGGAGGUGGCGCGCGCAG